GCUUACACAAAACCGCAGGAUGAGGAAGAAGUGCACUGGGAGUGACCAAUGAAGACAAGUUCGGUUAGCAUUGUUCUGCUGACACCAACACUUACACUGUUAUAAAACCCCCCAAUUCCCUCUUUUUUCUUCCCUUUUUCCUUCCCUUCCUUCUUCCCUUCCCUUCCUUGAUCCGCUUCUUUAAGCCCCCAAAGAUUUUUUCUUUCACUUUGCCAGAACUACCCCACUAAUGAAAUGGGAGCGUGAAGGUGUAGUUCAACGCAGCUAACACAGGGAGCGCUUCUUCGUCUUAUGGCAUGCCUGCGGAAGAACGACCACUGCGUCCAUUUUGACCCUCUUUCAAUUUCCCAUUUUGACCCUCUUUCCCUCCUUUAUCAUCCUCGCCAAUCGCAUCAUGAUUCUCAGCUUCUUUAUACCCUUCUUCCUCUUCUUCACUCCAAUUGCUUCCGUGCAAGCAUUCACUGGAACCUAUGGUAUAAAUUAUGGGAGGAUUGCAAAUAACAUCCCCUCGCCUGAUGAAGUUGUUACUCUUCUCAGAGCAGCAAAAAUAAGGAACGUUAGAAUCUACGACGCUGAUCACAGUGUUCUCAAGGCCUUUAGUGGAACUGGGCUUGAACUUGUAGUUGGAGUCACCAAUGGACAGCUGCAAGACUUUAGUUCGAAUGCAGACCAUGCUUUGAACUGGGUAAAAGACAACGUGCAGUCAUUUCUUCCUGACACACGCAUUCGUGGAAUUGCUGUGGGCAACGAAGUUUUGGGUGGGGAGGACUAUUCUCUGUGGGGAAUUCUUCUAGGUGCUGUAAAAAAUAUUUAUAAUGCUACGAAGAAACUUCAUCUGGAUGAACUAAUUCAGAUUUCUACUGCAAAUUCAUUUGCCGUUUUUGCGAAUUCCUACCCUCCCUCCUCUUGUAAAUUUAAUGAUAAUGUGAAUCAGUUUAUGAAGCCACUACUUGACUUCUUCCAACAGAUUGGGUCUCCUUUCUGUUUGAAUGCUUACCCUUUUCUAGCUUACGUGAGUGAUCCUGAACAUAUUGAUAUAAAUUAUGCACUUUUUCAACCAACAAAGGGAAUUUAUGAUCCAACGUAUGAUCUGCACUAUGAUAACAUGCUUGAUGCUCAGAUUGAUGCAGCUUAUGCUGCUUUGGAGAAUGCUGGAUUUGACAAAAUGGAAGUCAUAGUUACUGAGACUGGGUGGGCCUCGAAUGGAGAUCAAAGUGAAGCUGGAGCAAAUUCAACUAAUGCAAGGACUUAUAAUUAUAACUUGCGUAAAAGGCUUGCAAAGAGGAAAGGAACCCCACAUAGGCCUAAAAAUGUUGUGAAGGCAUACGUUUUUGCCAUGUUCAAUGAGAACCAGAAGGGUGGGCAUUCCUCUGAGAGGAACUAUGGACUGUUCAAAGCUGAUGGGAGUAUAUCAUAUGAUGUCGGAUUUCAUGGACUUAAUGCUGGAGAUUCAUCUCAUUUGUCUCUUAAGAAUAUCAAAUCUCAAGGUUUGUCCCGAUCCUACACAAUGGUAUUCUCUCUAUCUGCUUUGAUGCUACUGAUUUGCUGGAGUUAGUGAUCUGAUGAUAUGAACCUCCAUACUAAACCAGUUCCUAGCAAUGAAGAAGGGGUUUGGCUUUGCUGCACUUCAUGUCCCCCCCUGUAGAUCAAAAUUAUACCAUUGAUUGUCAUAUUGUCAUAAAGCAAUAUCUAGAAAUUAUGAUGUUUUUUGCCCCAUAUUCAGCAAAUGCGUAAUUAUUUAACCUCAUAAAGCAUUUUCCCUUCGAUGAGAUCUGGAAUUUUCACUUCGAACACCGUCAUAUGCCUCUUUUUCUUUGGUACAAAACAUGGCCAUAUCCCUAAAGCAUAUAUCUCUUUUUCUUUGUUGGUCAUCCCCAAAGCAUAUAACUCCUUUUUCCUAAGGAUGGAAGCCCAUCAGACAAGGCCUGGCGAGCCAGUUGAGAAAGAAAAGUUUUUUUUUUUUUUAAAUAUAUUUAAAUUUGAAGAAUGACAAAUGCAUGUAUAAUAAUAAAUGUAAGAAAUAAAACCUAAAGAUUAGGGCCAAACAAAAAAUGGGCUCUGACUGGUUUUUAAUUGACGUAAGACUCAGUCGAUCUCUACGUCCAAUCUGCUAGGAAGAGUGAAACGGUAAGGGUGCUGACUUGGCUCGAGUUUGAAGACAUCAAUGUUGUUUUGUACUGAGUAAAAGAGACAAUUACAUUAAUACCUCUUCACCAUUAUUAGCUUAUGAAUUAAUUAAGCAAUAACAAUUAUUUUGUUGACUC